AUGCAAGUUCCUCAAUUGCCUUCAGAGAUUAUCUGCCAGAUCCUUGAGCUUGCAGCCCAGUCAUCGACGUGCCUCGCCAUCUGCCAAGUCAGCUCAUGGGCCCGCGCACUCGCAAUGCCUUAUCUGUUCCAGACGGUCAAGCUGAAGAGUUACACGCGAAUGGAACACUUCAUGCGAACGCUCAUUCCCCUCGAUCCUCACGCUCGCGAAACCCCUUCCUCCUCCUCCAUAGUAUCCAGCAGCAUCAGCAGCAUCACGAAGAAAGCUCUGGGGAAAAGGGAGCCCGCGAACUUUGUGCGCCACCUCUGGGUUCGCGAUUUGUCGAUCCAUGUGUUUACUUUGUCGAGAGUUUGCAAAAACCUGACACAUAUCGCAAUGGAUCAGAGCACGAUGGUCAUGCUUGUGUCUAUGUCCAGCAUGGUGCCGUCCCCCGAACGGUACAAGGAUCUUCACUUAUUCCUGUUCGGACGCGAACGCUUGCAGUACCAUGUCCUACUUCAUCCACCUCCACCUAACGCCACCACCCUCAGAAUCACACACGUGCACUUUGCAGAACCAGUAGCCUACACCGAUGAGAGUUUCAACUUCAUAGCCUUCCCGUUCCCCCGACUCACCCACAUGGCAAUGCCGCUUCACCCUUCCAACUCAUCGAAGGACGACCUCGUCGUUCUGAUAACCCUGCUCCUUGCUGCGCCGAAGAUGGAGAUGCUGCUUCUUAUACUGUAUGAAGACGUGAUUGAUGAGGACACUGCUGGGAGAGUUGUCGAUACAUUUCGCCGAUAUCGCCCGAUGAACCCGGGGUCGUUCCUCCUCAGGACGCCUCGAGACGACCUAGAGUCGCAAUGGGAACGGGAAAUCUAUGGUGCAAAGAGUAUUUGGGAGAGGGGCGAGGAAUACACGCGGAGUCUGUUGGCUCAGGACGUUGCUAAGAACGAAUGA